CUCACACACACGUGACUGAUCACAUGGUCAUGACAUCAACGCAGGUCCUUCAUCUUUCUCCACAGUCCAGCGCAACCCUCAGUCAGGGCCCCGCCCCUUGUGAGCCUCGUCCAAUCGUCGCCAGGCAGUGAGAUGACGCAGGGAGCACUGGACACGUGAUCGCAAUGGAAUGCAAACAAUGCGGUGAACGUCCAAGUCCGUCCUGCUGUUGUGUGUGCGCGCUGUGGGGGGAGAGCAGAGCGGAGACCCCCGGGAGCCCGGAGCCAGCGGCGGCAACAGCAGCAACGUGGACCGUAAGGAGCAACGGCCGAGCUGCCGGGCACUCAUUGAAAACAGGAAUUCGGGAGCAGUGACUGACAGGGUCAGACUUCAGUGUUCUAUUUUUAUAUGCAAAACUAUAGAGCAGAAUUUACCAACCAUUGUGCGUCCAGCUGUUGCGAAACUACAACUCCCAGCGUUGGUUAUCUGUAAGUCGGUUGAGAAUGUUGAUCUCUUCACUGUUUGGGAAUGGUUGCACCAUAAUACAUGGAAACCCUUUGGUAAUCAAACCUGAUAAAGCAACUACCUGCUAAACACCAUAAACUGGAUUCACCAUGAGGCCAAAAACUUUCCCCACAACCACAUACUCCGGAAACAGCAGGCAAAGACUGCAGGAAAUCCGCGAGGGAUUGAAACAGCCAUCCAAACCAUUGGCUCAGGGUAUAUCUGUGGGACCUGCCAAUGAUGGUUUAAUGGACUCUAAGGUUCUUCUUGGCAAAGAUGCAGGAAGACAGCAACAACAGCAGCAACAGCUGCGUCAGCCGGCCAAGUUUGCACCCUACCAGAAGGCUCUACGGGAGAUCCGCUACUCCCUUCUACCCUUUGCCAAUGAAUCUGGAAACUUGGCAGCAGUGGAGGUGAAUAGACAGAUGCUGCAGGACCUGGUGAAAGUGGGUUGUGAUCAGGAAAUGGCAAUAAGAGCUUUGAAGCAGACCGGAAGUCGGAGCAUUGAGGCUGCACUGGAAUUUAUCAGUAAGAUGGGAUAUCUGGACCCCCGAAAUGAGCAGAUCGUCCAAGUGAUCAAACAAACCUCACCAGGGAAAGGUCCAGCUCCAAAUAAUGUUCUUCAUCGGUCAAGCUUUGAAGGACCAAGUGAGCCUUUUCCACCCUAUCACCCCAUGAAUAAUGCAGCCUAUGAUGGGCCUAGCUUUCCUGUAGAAGGUGGCAAUGUUCUCAACGAUGUUCCACGGCAAUACAUGGACUAUUUGCUUUCUGCACCCCAGCCAGGAGCAAUGAAUGGACCAUCUUCAAGACCUACAGCACAUACUAGUACUGGAAGUCAUCAACACCAACAGAAGGCCUAUGCUACUAGUGUAGAGUCUGUUACAAUGAAUUAUAGUAUUACGAACCAGGGUCUACCGAUGCAGCCUCCACAUACAUCAAACAGCCCUCACUAUGCCCGUCAGCAUCUUAUAGUACAGGGUGAGCCGAUGGGUUAUGGGGUGCAAAGAACCCCAUCAUUUCAAAACAAAAUGCAGCAAGAUGGUGGCUAUGUAAAUAUACAGAACAAAGGACCAGUGGCACAAAACAGCCCAGGCCAUACAUUUCAACAAGCACCAGCUGGUUUGUACAUGCCACACCCUCACCACAAGCAGUCAAGUCCUUCUCACCAAAUGCUUGUCAUGUCUAGGGGGUCUCCUUAUACAAAUGAUUUUCCUGACACGCCACAGAACCUCUUGAAUCCAACACAAACUAGCAUGAAUAUGGAACUGUAUGAUAUGGGAAGUGUGUGUCAAUGGCAAAAUUCACAGUCACGCCGUGAUUCUCUACAAGGUCCUGUAAUGGAGUCUUCAGCUCGGCAACAUGUCCCCUUUAGACCAGAGUCCCAGGUACCGAGCCGCACAAACUCCUUCAAUAACCACCAGCAACAAAAGCAGGUGCAGAUGUGGCAAACGCCUCAAAACAAAGCAGAUACUUCUAUGGCCUCCCCUACCAUCACGGCUGUGACAGCUGCUCACAUACUUCAGCCAGUCAAGAGUAUGAGGGUGAUGAGGCCAGAACCUCAGACUGCGGUAGGCCCUUCUCAUCCUGCCUGGUUAGCUGCACAAACAACGGUUUCUGACAAUCUAGAGAAGAUUGAGCCUCAUCCAUUAUCUGUCAGUGGUCCAGGUGCAUAUGGGAUGGAUGGGGAUUAUAACAGUCAAGAUAUGCGAUUUCCACCACCGCCUUACCCAAAACACCUUCUGCACUCGGAACAACAUGAAUUAAACUCCAUAUGUAAGGGAGUAGAACAGAAUCUGCGGGUUGUGGACAACGCAACGAGUAAUCCAAUGGAGGAAGUAAGCGGUGACGUAAAACAGGAAAAAGCAAGUAAAUCUUCCAAAACCAGUAAACCUGGGAAAGAUAAAAAGCAAAUACAAACCUCCCCUGUUCCAGUGCGUAAAAACAGCAGAGAUGAGGAAAAGAGGGAAUCCAGAAUCAAGAGCUACUCACCAUUUGCCUUCAAGUUCUACAUGGAACAGCAUGUGGAGAAUGUUCUCAAAACCUACCAGCAGAAGAUCAACAGACGGUUACAGCUGGAGCAAGAGAUGGCUGAGGCUGGGCUUUGUGAAGCCGUUCAAGAGCAGAUGAGAAAAAUCCUUUACCAAAAGGAGUCCAACUACAACAGGCUAAAAAGAGCCAAAAUGGACAAGUCCUUAUUUGUGAAGAUCAAGACGCUGGGCAUAGGUGCUUUCGGAGAAGUGUGUCUGGCCAGUAAAGUGGACACCAAAGCUUUAUACGCAAUGAAGACCCUGAGAAAGAAGGAUGUCCUUAAUAGAAACCAAGUGGCCCAUGUAAAAGCAGAGCGGGACAUCCUGGCCGAGGCUGAUAAUGAGUGGGUGGUGAAACUCUACUAUUCCUUCCAGGAUAAAGACAAUUUGUACUUUGUGAUGGAUUACAUCCCCGGAGGAGAUAUGAUGAGUCUUCUUAUACGCAUGGAAGUAUUCCCAGAACACUUGGCCCGGUUUUAUAUUGCGGAGUUGACUCUGGCCAUUGAAAGCGUCCACAAGAUGGGAUUCAUCCACAGGGAUAUUAAACCUGAUAACAUUCUCAUAGAUCUAGAUGGACACAUAAAGUUAACAGAUUUUGGACUUUGUACUGGGUUUAGAUGGACACAUAACUCAAAGUACUACCAGAAAGGGAAUCACAUUCGGCAAGACAGCAUGGAGCCUAGUGAGCAUUGGGACGAUGUAUCCAACUGCAGAUGUGGAGAUCGCUUGAAGACCCUGGAACAAAGAGCUAAAAGACAGCACCACCGAUGUCUGGCCCAUUCACUCGUAGGGACCCCUAACUAUAUCGCCCCAGAAGUCCUCCUGCGUAAGGGAUACACUCAGCUCUGUGACUGGUGGAGUGUGGGCGUCAUCCUGUUUGAGAUGUUGGUGGGACAGCCUCCUUUCCUGGCACCCAACCCAACCGAGACACAGCUGAAGGUAAUAAAUUGGGAGAACACGCUUCACAUUCCCUCCCAGAUCAAGCUUAGCCCAGAGGCGACCGAUCUGAUCACCAAACUCUGCUGUGCUGCAGAGAACAGACUGGGUAGAAAUGGGGCAGAUGAAAUAAAAGCUCACCCAUUCUUCAAGUCCAUCGACUUCUCUUUGGACAUUCGACGGCAACGGGCACCUUAUGUUCCUAAAAUCAGCCACCCAAUGGACACGUCCAACUUUGAUCCGGUGGAUGAAGAAGGCCCUUGGAAUGAGAGUGGGGACAGCACAAUGGCUUGGGACACCCUCAUGUGCUCUAAUAACAAACAUACAGAGCAUGCUUUCUACGAAUUUACCUUCAGAAGAUUCUUCGAUGAUAAUGGUUAUCCGUUCCGCUAUCCAAAGCCAUCUCGGUUGGAGCCUUCCCCAUGUGAGGAAUCUAAGGAAGAAAAUCAAGAGACAAAGUCAGGCGAGACAGAGAAUUGCCAACCGGUCUAUGUAUGAAAUGGCUCACUCCUAGGGUGUUGAAAAUCCUACCCAUGUGUACCCAUGACUGAUGCGCACUUCUGUUCUUAAGAUGGGAUUCCUGCAGCUGGUUCUCAGCCUAUUGCCAUAAUGCCAAGGCAUUGAGAACAUGGCCUUCUCAGGAUGGAUGUUGAGUAUUGGAUGUGUUUGGUGCUUCUUGGCAUCCCACCAUUUGUACUUUUUAAUAUGAGAGCCAUUUCAUAUCAUGAGCUUGUAUAGAUUAUGAGCUCGCAGCAAAUAACCAAAGACCGUGGUACCUGUACCAUGUGGCACCUUCUUGGCAUUACCCCUGCCGAGUAACAGGAGAUCAUUACAAGUGGAUUUCUACUUGACUGUAGAACUGUGCCCUCUGAUGCAGCACAAUUUAUUCUUUUUUUUGCAUAGCAAUAACCUAUUGUGUUUAUUUUAAGACAACUUUAUCUUCUUCAGCUCUGGACAAUAUACUUGAUAGAAGAUUGUCUUUGAAACUUAGUGACUGCAUUUUGGUUCCUUUUUAUGAAACUUUUGGGAGGUCCAGCGUUUUCAAAAAAAAAAUAAAAAUUCUAUGUAUGACUGAACUGUGACGUGCAGGUGGCGCCCAUGGCCAGGGUGGACUGCAGUGUGGGAAGCGCUACAUCCGCUGCUAUACUUAUUUGUUCAGAAAUAUUUUUACGGAUAUUGAAGGAGCUUAUUCUGCAUAUAUAUA